CAAAGUUCUCUCUUCUCAUCACAUCAGUUCUCACUUCUCUCAUACCUCUAACUAUAAGUUUGGAGAAUCGAAAAACUUAAUGAAUUCUCCAACUUCAACGAAAGUCAACACGUUCAUGGUUGAUGCAAUUGACUUGGACGGGAAGUUUGCAAUGAUGGAGCAAAUCAUUAAAGCCUUGAAGAAGCCCGUUGAUGAGAAAGAUUAUCAAAUCGCCCGACUUAUGAGCAAGUUAGAUCUCUACAAUCCUGGAGAGUCAAAUUAUAAUCUAACACCGCGAGAAAAAAUUGACAGUGAAUCUCUCAUCAAGACAAAUGACAAUUACUAUGAUGAUCGAUCCGCUUCAGUGGCUACUCUAACAAUUCAACGAUUACAAGAUAUGAUUGCAAACACCAUCGAGGCACAAUAUGGCGGUCCAUCACAAAAUUUCGUAGGAUACUCAAAGCCGUAUUCUAAGCGAACCGAGGGCUUACCAAUGUUAAUUGGAUAUCAACCGCAAAAGUUUCAACAAUUUGAUGGAAAGAAAAAUCCAAGGAAACACAUCGCUCAUUUCAUUGAGACUUGUAGCAGUGCUGGUACACAUGGUCCAUCUCACCUUGAAGCCCAAACUCAUCAAGUGACAUGGCAUCCCAGUCAAAUCCAAGACCAAUGAGACGCCACCACAUGUACAAAUAAUGUGAAAAUCUCGUUCAAAUUCAACAACCAGUCAAAAGACGCCAAGUGGCAAAGUGACAUGUUUCGACCAAUCACAAGCAACUAAGCCUACCCCUAUAACUAUAAAUAGGAGAGUAACAUAACAUUCUGGGGAGGGGGGAGGAGGGGGAGGACAUUCUGCAAGCAUUGGAGGAAGCUUCUACAUUGACUACAUAGCUAAUUGACUAAUGGAGUUCUAUCCGGAGAUCAACUCGGAAAGACGAAGUGCUGUCAGACAAUUCCUGGAGAUUCAAACACAUUUCUAUGAGGCUCAAAUCAUCCUACAUUCUCGAAUCACGCUGUAAAGGCUCUCGAAUCAUGGAAAAACUUAGGAGAGAAGAAUCGAGAGAAUAACGAAAUUAUACCCGCAAAAUUUAUUUAUAUAAAAUUAUUCUUUUUGUUUAUUUUAUUUUUGCUUGCAGUUAAUUUUGAGCGUUAACGAAAAUUUGUUGCCAACAAGUGUUGCUGCACAAUAAAGAGGCCAGACUUUCUAUCAUUACUCACUCCUUCCUUACUCAAUCUGUGAAUUUUUUUUGUCUCUUUUGAUUUUUUUUUUAAUCUUCGGUUCUCAUGAUUGUCUGUCAUAAAAUGGGUAAUUCUUUAUUUCUAAAAAAAAUUACAAUCUUAAAAAAAAUUACAAUCUUUAUAAGUUUUUGGAUACAUAAUAAAGUUUUUGGAUACAUGUUCGUGUAAGAAUCUAUGAUUUUUUUCUUAUAUCCUCUUUGAUUUUUAACUCGAAGUUUUCUCUUAAAAAAACUAUCCUACUUUUUUGUGAAGGCACAAUCUUUAUAUAUUUUUGAUAUAUAAUUGUCAGUAUCUAUAAUAUUUAUGUAUUCUCUCUUUAAUUUUCAUUCUCAAGUUUUUUUAAUUGUUAUUAUUGAUUUCUUGAAUUAAGCAAUAUAUUUCAAUGUAUCUGAACAUGAGAUUUAGUUAAAAGUUAUGAGUUUUUAUUUUUUAAAAGCUAAUUUUCAUCAAAUGUAUUGGGAUUUUGUUUAUUUCAUGUCUGAAGAAAAAAGAAAAUCAGCAAAAUUAAUGACUACUUUUUAAUUUCAAUUAAAAUCUUUGAUUUUGUUGUACAGAUGGUUGCCUAGUUCUUCAUUACAUCUUUAUUUUGUUCUCAAUUUUUAAUGAUCUUCAUCAGUAUCUUUCAGAUUUUUAUUUAUCCCAUGGCGGAACAAUAAUUAAAGAAAUAGUACAAUCGGUGUUUGAUUCCAAAUUUCCGCUUAAAUCUUUAUUUUAUUGCCUAUUAUGCUUCGUGGUUCCUUUUCCCAAUCAAUCAUGUAAAUUAAAGUAAAUGAUUUUUAAGAUUAUUUCCUUUUUGAAUUAGUUGUUCAAGAAUUUGUGUUGUUUUCUAAAUCAAAAAAUAGUAACAAUUUCAUCAGAAAGAUUAUCGAUAAUUGCGGUGUUUGCUUUCUUCUGUGCUUAUGUCUAUUGAUGUAAAAGAGCCUUGAUCUCAGUGAAUUUGCUCAAAUCAUUUUGCGGACCCUCAACAAGAAGUGGCAAAGAUGUCAGGUCUGGAUACUACUGAACUGAAAGAGAUCGUGCAUGAUGGAUGUUAGGGUAACAAAACCGAGGAGGAUGUGAUGAAGGAAAAGGUUUUCGAGGAUAGUGAUUUGGCCCAUACAGCGAGGCUCUGGAAGAAAUGACUUCAAACCUCAAUACAUCCAAAAGAGGUGAACCUGAGAAGAGCAAUAAGAGUAAGCCUUUAAGUAUUGACGCUAUGACCUUAAAUGUAAAAGACCCUCCCCUAAUUCGAGUCACCAUGAAUGAAAAGGUAUUGAGGUUCACUCAUAUAGUUAUGCUAGUUUAUGGACACAUGUUUUACACUUGUAUCCCAUAUUAUAUAUUAAUCAAUAACAUUCUUAA